GACCAUUUGCCCUUCUUCCAAGAUGGCUGCCAAGCGGUUUCUGAAAUCUUCAAUCGACUGGGCUGCCUUUAUAGAAAGGGUUCCAGCUUCUGAAAAAGCUAAAUUUCAGCUAUUUAAAGCUAAAGUUGAUGGCUACGCAAAAAGAGUUAUGAGCAAUCCGGAGAAACCUCCUGCAAUUGAUUUUGAAGCUUAUCGAUCACGACUGCCCAAUCGUGCAAUGGUAGAUGAAUUUGAGAAACAGUAUAAAAGUAUUAAAGUUCCAUUUCCGGCAGACAAUUUAACUGCACAGGUGGAUGAACAGGAGAAAAAACUGGUAAUUUAA